AUGUCUCUCUCCAACAAGCUCCCUAUCACUGACGUCGACCUCAAGGGCAAGCGUGUCUUGAUCCGGGUCGAUUUCAACGUUCCUCUCGACGAGAACAAGAAUGUCACCAACCCCCAGCGUAUCGUCGGUGCCCUGCCCACCAUCAAGUAUGCCAUUGACAACGGCGCCAAGGCCGUCGUGCUCAUGUCCCACCUUGGCCGCCCCGAUGGCAAGGUCAACCCUAAAUACAGCCUGAAGCCCGUUGUUUCUGUACUUGAGAAGCAGCUCGGAAAGAGCGUCAUCUUUACCGAUGACUGCGUCGGACCCCAGGUUGAGGAGACCGUGAACAAGGCUUCCGAUGGUCAGGUUAUUCUGCUUGAGAACUUGCGCUUCCACGCCGAGGAGGAGGGUAGCUCCAAGGAUGCCGAAGGCAAGAAGGUCAAGGCCGAUAAGGCCGACGUUGAUGCGUUCCGCAAGGGCCUGACUGCUCUCGGUGAUGUCUACGUCAACGACGCUUUCGGUACCGCCCACCGCGCCCACAGCUCCAUGGUUGGCGUGGACCUCCCCCAGAAGGCUGCUGGUUUCCUCGUCAAGAAGGAGCUGGAGUACUUCGCCAAGGCUCUCGAGAGCCCCGCGCGCCCCUUCCUUGCCAUCCUCGGUGGCGCUAAGGUAUCGGACAAGAUCCAGCUGAUCGACAACCUCCUGCCCAAGGUCGACAGCCUCAUCAUCACCGGUGGAAUGGCUUUCACCUUCAAGAAGACCCUUGAGAACGUCAAGAUCGGCAACAGUCUCUUUGACGAGGCCGGCAGCAAAAUCGUCGGCGAGAUCGUCGAGAAGGCCAAGAAGAACAACGUCCAGAUCGUCCUGCCCGUCGACUACGUCACCGCCGACAAGUUCUCCGCGGACGCCACCGUUGGCUCGGCCACCGACGCCACAGGUAUCCCCGACGGUUUCAUGGGUCUGGAUGUUGGCCCCGAGAGUGUCAAGCUCUACCAGAAGACCAUCGGCGAGGCCAAGACCAUCCUCUGGAACGGUCCCCCCGGUGUCUUCGAGCUUAAGCCCUUCGCCAAGGCUACCGAGGAUACGCUCGAUGCCGCUGUCAAGGCUGCUCAGUCCGGCUCCAUUGUCAUCAUCGGCGGUGGUGACACCGCUACCGUGGCCGCCAAGUACGGUGCUGAGGACAAGAUUUCCCACGUAUCGACCGGUGGCGGUGCCUCGCUCGAGCUCCUCGAAGGCAAGGAGUUGCCCGGUGUUGCUGCUCUGUCCAGCAAAUGA